GGAGGAGCAGGAGGGGCUGGACUGACGCGGGACGUCUCUGGUCCCGAGCAGCACCGAUGAACUUCAUCAAAGGGGACGGAAUGGACUGAUAACCGAUGGGAACGCCUGCGGAACAGCUGGACCUCUCCGCGGAGGCUGAUCUUUGCAAUGGAUGAGUUCCAUCCAUUCAUCGAGGCACUGCUGCCGCAGGUCCGAGCCUUCUCCUACACCUGGUUUAACCUCCAGGCCCGCAAGAGGAAGUAUUUCAAGAAACACGAGAAGAGGAUGAGCAAAGAGGAGGAGAACGCCGUCAAAGAAGAACUGCUGGGAGAGAAACCAGAGGUCAAACAGAAGUGGGCCAGUCGACUCUUGGCUAAGCUCCGGAAAGACAUCAGACCAGAGUGCAGAGAAGACUUUGUCCUGUCCAUCACAGGAAAGAAAGCGGCCAGCUGUGUCUUGUCCAACCCGGACCAGAAAGGCAAGAUGCGGCGCAUAGACUGUCUCAGACAGGCCGAUAAGGUGUGGCGUUUGGACUUGGUCAUGGUCAUCCUGUUUAAGGGCAUCCCUCUGGAGAGCACAGACGGAGAGCGUCUGGUGAAGGGCGGUCAGUGCUCCAACCCUGUGUUGUGUGUCCAGCCGCGUCACAUCUCCGUCUCCAUCAAAGAGCUGGACCUGUACCUGGCCUUCUACGUGCAGGAGCGAGAUGCAGAGCAGUGCAGUCCCACCAGGGUGAGCUCAGAGAAAGAUGAUAGGUUGGUGCCUUCUACAGACAGCCCGGACUUCCAAGAGAACUUUGUCACGUCGGGGGUGUUCAGUGUGACUGAGCUGGUGCAAGUCUCCAGAACACCUGUGGUUUCAGGAACCCCUCCCAGUUACUCUGUAGGUGAGCUCCAGGGGCACCUGGCCUACGACCUGAGCCCAGCAGUGCAGCUGCCUGGGGGCAUGAGGCGCUCUCUGGCCAGCACCUCCUCAAGUGGGAGUAAGAGACACAAGUCGGGCUCAGUAGAGGACGAGGCGGACAGUCCCGGGCCUGAGUACUACCCGUCCCCUGUGUCCCCAGCCAGCAGCUCCCGCCACUGGGCCGAUGACAUGGACACAGGAGCUCUGUCCCCCACAGUGAAGAAGGCAGAGCUGGAAAGCCCCCCUCCCCAGGAACACUCCCCCAGACUGGGCUUCACACAGCACCACAGGCCGGUCAUUGCAGUGCACAGUGGCCUGUCCCGUAGCCCUCACCCUGCUGCCUCUCUCCACUUCCCCUCGUCCUCAUACUUCCCUCAUGGCACCAUCCGUUACCCUCCGCACCUGUCCCAGGACCCGCUGAAAGACCUGGUGUCUCUGGCCUGCGAGCCAGCCGCACACAGCUCCAGCUCCCUAAACGGUAGUGGGCAGUUAAAGGUGCCCGGUCAUUACAUCUCCUCUCAGAUGCUUGUACCACCAGCGCCCACAUCAUCCUUGGCUCCACCUCCCUCUUCAGCACACGCUGAGUCCAAAGCUACACCCCGCAGCACAUCAGAGGGAGGGGCCAACUCGCCUACGUCCCCCACAUACUCGGCUCCUGGGUCUCCUCCUGCAGCUCCAGCCUCCUUCUCUGGGGUCAGUCCUCGGGACACGGGCAGCGCCUACCAGGCUCAGUCAUGGUACCUGGGGAACUGAGAAGGCUGAGGUAUGACUAUGUCACAGGAGAAGAUGAUAUGCAAUGGCCCCUAUAGGGCCCCUGUAUGGCCCCUGUGUGGCCCUCCUGCCCCCUCUGCUGGUGCUGCUUACCAUAUAUGCAAGUCUGUUUUUAUGAACCAUGGGAAGUUUCUAUCUGAAGUUUCUUUGCACUUUUGAAUUUGUCAAUAAUGUAACGUAUUAAGCCAAUGCCCUGCUUUUACUUUCUCUAUAAAUGAGGAGAGAGCUUUUCUAUUUUAGAGACAAUCACACUAAAUCCAUGUUAUCCAUGACACUGGUACCUGAGGACGGUUACAUGGCGAGCACUUGGCAAUAACACGGCAGUGAUGUCCGGACUGCAGGCCCUAGCUCCUCACAGGAGCAGGCUGUUGGACUUUGUGCUCCACGUAUGAGCAGGUUGUUGGACUAUGUGCUCUUCACAUCACAACUUCUCAAAGGGCUCUGAAGCUCGGUCAGUCCUUGAGGCCCACAUGUCCUCAUGUCCAAGUGUGUGUGUGUGUGUGUGUGUGUGCGUGUGUGCGUGCGUGCAUGUGUGUGUAUCAAUUAACAACAUGAUUUAAAGUAUAGAUAUGGGUUAAGUUGGGUUCAGGUUAGGGUUUAGGUUAAGGUUACAAGUAGUGACUAUGGUCACAAGUAGUGGUCAAAAGUAGUGACUAUGGUUAAUGUUGGGCUCAGGCUUGGGAAAUUAAUGUAAGUCAAUGCAGUGUCCCGAAGAAGGAUGUGUAGAUGUGUGUGUGCGUUUGUGCAGUGUUCAGUCAGUGUGCAGUGGCUCUACUUUUAGAGGCAUUCUGCAUGGUGGUUAGCCCACACCCAACGCUUGUUCUAAUCAUUCGGUUUCAUUCUGUUAGGUAUGUUCUUAUAUUAUGAUAAUAUCGUUAAACUCUGUAGCACUUUUAAAUUUUUUGUUUUGUUUUUUAAGGAUAGAGACAUGAGUUCACGUAUCACGUGUGAUAUAUGUAUAUACACGUAUGAUUGUAUUGGACUUUACAGCACUUGUUUAUGUCAUAGACAUAAGUCGUAACCAUGGCAGCUACUCCUGCGUUCCUCUGUGUUGCCUCCAGGUGGUGACAGUGAUGUAUGUUGUGUUUGUUCUAAAGAAUAGAAAUGUAAGAGAAGGGACCCCCCCCCAAACAAAAAGCACGAGACACUUUAAAGAUUAACUUAAGUAUUAAAUAUGCUUGUUUAACAAGCGCUCCCCAGACGCUUCCUCUGCACCUGUAACAUAUGCAGACAUUAACACCAUGUUAAAUACAGGUUGCUCACAGGUGUGGUGAAAGCUGUGAUGAUCAGACCCCCCGUGGGGCUGAUGCAUUAGUGCAGUAUGUCUCUUUGCAGGGGUAGUUGUGUUUAAUGUACACUGACCGAGUGCUGUGUGUGAGUGCUGUGUGUGAGUGCUGUGUGUGUGUGCUGUGUGUGUGUGCGUGUGCUGCUUGUGCGUGUUGCUUGUGCGUGUGUUGCUUGUGCGACAUGCAUGGUGCAGGCUGAGCUCUGAUCUCGAUGCAUGGCUGAGACAGAAGAUGCUCUUUCCCAUUUAAACAAAGUCCCUUCUUAUUGGACGUUUGCACGGACUCUUCUGAUCACAUGAUGUGCCUUGGCUUGAGUUGGACUAAACCAGUACUGCUGCAUGCGAGCACAGCCCUCUGCUUUGAGCUCAGCUCCAGCAUCAAUACCUCCUAAAGUACAAAGCAGCCGCCUUCAGUUUGCCUUCAGUUAUCAUCUGCUCCAAAUGAAAGCUCUGGAGGUUCUUCUGAGUCAACGUGAACAUACCUCUGUGGAUCCUGGUGUCCAAGACCUGUGAGACCGGUCAUCCUUCCACACAACCCAGCUCCCUCUGGACCCCACACACACACACACACACCACCCAGGUGCCUCUGAGGCAGCUUGGACUCCACACACAACCCAGGAUAUGCUCCUCUGCUCCAGAGCAUCGCUCGCAUACAGCCAUAUUUAAUACUGCAACCUACAGUACCUUUAUUACUGCAAAUAAAAUCAUGUGUUUCUUUAUGCAAAUAUACAGAAUAUUAAAAAGCUACAACUCAA